AUGGUUAAGCACUUCACCAAGGUCGUAUACAAGCCCGAUACCCAGUCUACGGACGAGUUCACCGUCAUCGUCAACCCCGCCGAGUACAAGAAGUGGAAGGAAGGAGAGGUUGUUGACUCUUUCGACAUUUUCUUCUCAAAUCAGGGUAGCCAAGGUAUCCUAGGAAAGCCGUCGAAACAGCAAUUAGAGAACGUCUUCGGUGUCAGCAAGGAUGUUGAUGUUAUCCCCAUAAUCCUGAAGGAAGGAAAGGAGCAAGCCGCCGAGGGUAUAAACACGGGCAAUGUGGCGACGAACGCAGCAAAGGGUAGUGCGGUGGUGGACAACAAGGGUAAAGGACUACGGGGUAUCUAA